AUGAAGGUCCUCGCCCCUCUGAUGCUGGCUGGCGCCGCCAGCGCCCACACCAUCUUCUCGUCGCUCGAGGUUGGCGGCGUCAACCAGGGCGUCGGCCAGGGUGUCCGCGUGCCCUCAUACAACGGCCCCAUCGAGGACGUCACGUCCAACUCGAUGGCCUGCAACGGCAACCCCAACCCGACGUCGUCGACCUCCAAGAUCAUCACCGUCCAGGCGGGCCAGAGCGUGACGGCCGUCUGGCGCUACAUGCUGAGCACGACCGGCUCGGCCCCCAACGACGUCAUGGACAGCAGCCACAAGGGCCCGACCCUGGCCUACCUCAAGAAGGUCGGCGACGCCACCUCCGACUCGGGCGUCGGCGGCGGCUGGUUCAAGAUUCAGCAGGACGGCUACAGCAACGGCGUCUGGGGUACCGAGAAGGUCAUCAACGGCCAGGGCCGCCACACCAUCAAGAUCCCCGAGUGCAUUGCCCCGGGCCAGUACCUCCUCCGUGCUGAGAUGAUUGCCCUGCACGGCGCCGGGAACUACCCGGGUGCGCAGUUCUACAUGGAGUGCGCUCAGAUUAAUGUCGUUGGCGGCUCCGGCAGCAAGACGCCCUCGAACACCGUCAGCUUCCCUGGCGCUUACAAGGGCACCGACCCCGGAGUCAAGAUCAGCAUCUACUGGCCCCCGGUCGAGAACUACCAGAUCCCGGGCCCCAGCGUCUUCACCUGCUAG